AUGCCACAGUACCACACCUGGGAGGAGUUCAGGCGCGCGGCUGAGAAGCUCUACCAGCUCUACAUUGCGGAGCCUACGAAGGCGCAUGCACUUCUCAAAUACAGGCGUUCAGAUGGGAGUUUGUGUAUUACAGUAACAGAUGAUUUAGUUUGUUUGAUGUAUAGAAUAGACCAAGCUCAAGAUGUAAAGAAGAUUGAGAAAUUCCCCGGUCAACUAAUGAGACUUAUGGUAGCCAAGGAAUCCUGCAGUGUUGCCAUGGAAGCAGACUGA